AUGACCUCAGAAACCCGUGCGGACGCUGCUUCGCCGGUUGGAACCGAGCAUGAAGCUGAGCCUCCUCGGCCAACAUCUUCCAAUGCAGUACCACCGAAAAAGCUAUUCGGCGUACCUGCGCCAGUGAAGCGGAUAUUCGACAAGUUUCCUUUAACAACAUACGAAGCUGAAGGCAUUCCAGGAAAUGUGCACACCAGCGGGAGCCCUGAGCGGAAUAGACUGUUCGUUUUUAUCGAUCCCAAACAGGCGGCUAAAGGGGCACCGUCGUUCAAUCCCCAAUGUCUCAGGUGGCAGGCCUAUCUGAAAUUCGUCGGUAUAGACUUUGACCUUAUCCCUUCAAACAACCACGCUUCUCCAACUGGUGCCCUACCUUUCCUCUAUGCAGCCCUACCAUCUGGCACGAAAUCUCCAAUUCCUUCAAAUAAGUUACAGAAAUGGGCCAUUGAGCAAGUGCAUUGCGAGGAAGAGCAACAGCUCAAUAUACGAUUCGAUGUUUAUGCAUCAUUGAUUGACCAUCGAAUACGCAAUGCAUGGCUCCAUCAGUUAUAUCUUAAUGCCCUUAAUUUCAACCAAGUGGCUCGAAAACGAUACAUAAAUCCCGCCACCUCAUCUUCAGCUGUCCAAACAGCCCUAGCCGUUCAACUACAACAAGCCGCAAGGGACGAAUUACUCAAAUACUCGGAUUAUAUCGACGUCAAUGUUCUAGAAGCCGACGCAGAUAACGCCUUUGAAGCACUCUCUGUUCUGCUCGGUGACAACGACUACUUCUUUAAUCGCAUCCAACCCGGACUAUUUGAUGCUAAUGUCUUUGCAUACACGCAUCUCAUACUAGAUGAAAGUAUGGGAUGGAAAUAUAACCAACUAGCGCAUUCUCUUUCGAAAUACGACAACCUUUUACGACAUCGCAGAGUUCUGCUGCAACAGUAUUUUGCUUGA